AAAGACGGUUCCAACCCGGCUUAGGGCAAAAUGGGCUGUUAUUUUAUGAAAGCCUCUGUUAUACGGAAGAGUAUCUUACUGUAAGGCGAUCUGUCAUUUGAAAGAUCGAGUUCAUGUGAGGAAAGAGAAAUGAUCGGAAAAACAAAGCAAAUUACCCAUCAAGGCUGAGACACACAAGCUUCCGUUUGAUGAAGGGAAGUGCUUGCCAAGAUUGACGCUCGUUUCGAUUGGUUAGUAAUACGUGGGGGAUUUUUCAGACUCAACCUUAACCUUGGAACAGUUCACGCAAAAUAUCAGAGACUUGUUUGUUUCUUCAAGGGAAGUCCAUACGGCUAAAAACUAGGUAAGAAUAGGAAACCGCUAUAAUCCUUGGUUCCGAAAAUGUUAAGGAAUUGAAUACGAAACUGAGUGUUCUCAAUUAUCACCAAGAGGUCAACACAAAUGAGAAGAAGAGAUUCUGCGGCGUGAUUAUUUGAACUUUGCUUAACACACGCAUCUAUCAGUAUACCUACAUAUGGUGACUGACCCAGUGCUUUACAAACAAGAAAUUAGUAGGAAAAUCAGUGGAAACAAGAAUUCAGUUCGUCGCCAUGAUUCUUAGUUCGCUUAUGUUAAAAGCGUUUCUUCUUGGUGUUCUGGGCUUUCCAGACAGAGGAGGGCAAACCCGUGCGUGUUCAGUUCCUCGCAUCCGUGAUAGGAAAGGAAACGAGAAAGAGAUCAUCGAGGUGACUAGCGGGAAGGAUGUGAAACUUACUUGCCGGAUCAGAACCACUGACCAAAACUCAAAACCACGAUAUUACUGGCUCAAAGACAAUCAGACGCUCACUCCAUCGAGUCAUCUACGCAUGAGGUUAAAACCCCAUAAAUACCUAAAAAUAAAAGAUGCGAAGAAAGAGGACGCUGGCUUCUACACCUGUGUCGCGGUAAAUGACUGUGGCAAGAAUUCUUAUACAAUGCAGCUAUUUGUCGGAAUUGCUCCAGAAUUCACAGUUAAACAAAACAAGUUGAGGCGCAACCUUCUUGCAGUACCCGUUGGCAACUCUGUAAAGCUGGACUGCUCUGCCGAUGGAAACCCUCGCCCUGCCGUAAAAUGGUACAAAGACCGAAAGUUGUUUAAGGAAAGGAAAGGUGACAGAAAACUUUAUUUGAGUCAAUGGACAACCGUAUUGGUUCUGAAGGAUUUGAUUCCCUCUGACACUGGGACGUACAUGUGUAAUGUGAGCAACUCUUACGGGUGGAUUAAUCAUACAUACCUAGUAGAUGUUCAUGAACGAGCUCGUGCUGAACCCGUCCUUCUUCCCAUGGAAAAUGUCACGGUCUAUCGAGGGGAAAAUGCCAGCCUCACGUGCAAAGCAUUAAGUGAUUCCAAGCCUCAUUUCCAGUGGUUAAGGUGGUUUCCCAUGCAUUCCAACGCUUCGACCAACAGUUCAACCAACGGUUCAAUUGGAAGGCCACACUACGAAAUCGUGGAUAAAGACGAAACAGACCAACAUGUAAUUUCCUCAUCACCUAGCGGCAAAAAGUUUGAAUUCCACGGUGUGAAGUUGACUUUGGUAAAUGUUACAAAGAAAGACGAAGGAAAAUACACUUGCAUCGUGGGAAAUGCUUUUGGUUACGCGGUGGAACAUGCUUACAUCAUUAUUGAACAAAGCGCUACUCAUAGUUGCAACCUUCACGGAUCAAAGUGUUCUUUUACCACAGAAGAGUAUUACAAUGGGAGUACUCUUUCCCCUGAGACGGAACACAUUUCAUAUCUCACUGGAUACGAUAAGAAGAUUCAUGAUGCUCUUGUCCCUGGAACCGUUUCGGCGUGUGUUUUAACUGUCGUGGUUGCUGUAGUCAUUAUCAGCUGCUGGCACCGUCAAUCCCGAAAUAAGAGACCCUUUUCACCGAUACUAAUGUCAGAACUUGAAUUUGAGUACGAUGCGUUGGUUAUUUUCAGCUCCCGAGACUCGGAUUGGGUAAAUAAGACUCUAAUUCCAACUCUUGAGAAAAAACAUGGAUUUAAAUGCUGUGUACACUACAGAGAUUUCGUUCUUGGAGUACCUUAUCGUGAAAAUAUGGUCAACAGCGUUUACAAGUCUAGAAAAACAAUAGCUGUCGUGUCUAAGAACUUUUUUAUUAGCAAUUAUUGUGGUUCAGAAAUGGAGUAUGCCCUCCAUCGUCUGAUGGAAAGGAGAGAUGAUAGUGUAGUCGUUAUUAAACUCGAUGACGUAGAAAGAGCAAAACUUCCUAAGGAGCUACAAAAAAGGAGCUAUAUAGACUAUCCGAACAAUGCUGAAAAGAAUCACUGGGAAAGAAAACUGGUUAAUUGUCUAACGAUCCCCAACUAUCCGUUACCUAUCUCGACCUAACUCACAUAAUUUUUUUAAUGCUCUGCUUCUUAGUGCCUAGAGACAUGGCUAAAACUGCAAGGGCGACGUCUAAUAAAAGUCACAUAAAAUUAACUCAGUGGAAACGCAUAAUAGGUUGGAAUACUAGGUCGGGUAAUAAGAAUCUCGGUGAGUAAAAACUUUGGUAAAAAGAAUUUAAAAAGUUGACACUGGCUCGGCGAGUGUAGUUCUUGGCUGCUUACUUUGCAUGUGAAUCGCUUUAAGAGACUCCGGGAGAUGCUCCCAAAGUCCAUAGUAUACCGCAGAACCAAGAAGAGAGGUAUGAUGGUGGUUUUCCACUCGGGAAAUAAGGAAACUCGAUCAAUCGAUGUAUUCAAAAAAUUUUGGUUUUACUAUGUGAAAAAUGAAUAUUAUUAAAUAGAUGAUCAAUCCCUUCAACGGGGAGUUUAA